UCAGACCUCUGCUCUUACCAAUCUCUCCUAUCCCGAUUUUCAACAGAGGUUUCAUCCCGCAUCUCAGCAUGUCUCAAUGAUGUCUCGAUGUGGAUGAGUUCUCAUCACCUAAAACUCAACCCCAGCAAGACUGACCUUCUGUUCAUCCCAGGAACUACAAGCCCUCACAACAAUCUCUCCAUCUCUUUCGACAACUCACUGGUCACUCCAUCGGCAGAAGCAAGAAGCCUCGGUGUAGUAAUGGAUGACCAGUUAUCAUUCUCGAGCCAUAUUGCAAAUCUGUCUCGGUGCUGCAGAUUUCUCCUGUACAACAUCCGAAGAAUUCGACCGUUUCUGUCUCAGGAUGCCACUCAGGUGCUUGUGCAGUCUCUUGUCAUCUCAAGACUUGACUACUGCAACUCUCUACUGGCUGGUCUUCCACUGCGAGCCACCAAACCACUACAGUUAAUUCAGAACGCGGCAGCACGACUCGUCUUCAAUCUUCCGAAGUUCAGUCAUGUGACUCCUUUGCUGCGUUCCCUCCACUGGCUUCCUGUUGCCGCCCGCAUCCGAUUCAAAACCCUGACGCUGGCGUACAAGGCAAAAAACGGACCAGCACCUUCAUACCUGAUGGCGGUGGUCAAAGCCAGAUCUGCACCAAGAGCUCUUAGAGCUUCCAGUACGGCUCGGCUCGAACCUCCAUCACUCAAAACACAAAGAAAACAGACAUCCAGACUCUUCUCUGUGCUGCACCAAGGUGGUGGACUGAACUUCCACUGGAUGUCAGAACAGCAGAGUCACUCACGGUCUUCAAACGUCGACUGA